AUGAACGAAACAACAAUUUUUGAUAUAAAUAUUGGUUCAGGCGGUACAUCUAUUGAUCAUAAUAAAGGAGAUAUAAUUGUAGAUAAAACAAAUUUUUCUUUUUCUACUUCACUAGUUCCUUCAAUUUUAAUCAGAAAUGGAGUAAAUGUUAGUAAAGUUUCUUUUAAUUCGAUUAUUAACAACACAGCAACUAGUUGGAUAGUUGCAGUACAUCAAUCUACAAAUAGUAUAGAUUAUAGAUGCAAUUUCAUUGGGAAUACUUGCAAAAAUGUUAUUGAUCAAGAAGUAGAUGGCUCACUACAAGUUAUUGAAUGCAUAAUCAUUGAUAAUUCCAUUUCUCAAUCGAUCUUUGGCAUUUACGGAGGAUCUCUUGAAGCUAUUCAUUGCUUUUGUGAAAAUUCAAACAAUAACUUUGGAGCAGUUACCACGUCAUCAACCCCAACAAUUCGAUUUGAAAAUGCAUUAAGACAUUUAAGUACCGCAAUUUGUCAAGCGAAUUUAAAACUUAUCGAUAAAAAAAGUCAAAAUAUUUCAUCCAGAUAUGCUCAGUAUGAUACAGAUCUUUUGUUAGGAAUUAUAAUGAUUAUUAAUCUUUAUGAUUAUUCUAAAUAA